GGUAUUCUACAUAUUGAAGAUAUCUCUGAAGCCUCUUGAGUGUACCAUGCUGUUUUCUUGGCAAGGAGCCCCAGGGUCCCUGCGCCCGCUGCUGCUCUCGCUUCUGCUCCUCGCAGCCUGGGAGGCGGGGAGCGGCCAGCUGCACUACUCGGUUCCCGAGGAGGCCAAACACGGCACCUUCGUGGGCCGCAUCGCGCAGGACCUGGGACUGGAGCUGGCGGAGCUGGUGCCGCGCCUGUUCCGGGUGGCGACCAAGGACCGCGGGGACCUUCUGGAGGUAAAUCUGCAGAAUGGCAUUUUGUUUGUGAAUUCUCGGAUCGACCGGGAGGAGCUGUGCGGGUGGAGCACGGAGUGCAGCAUCCACCUGGAGGUGAUCGUGGACAGGCCGCUGCAGGUUUUCCAUGUGGACGUGGAGGUGAAGGACAUUAACGACAAUCCGCCGGUGUUCCCUGAAAGUAACAAAAGUAUAUUCAUUGCAGAAUCCAGACCUCCAGGAACUAGAUUUCCACUAGAUGGCGCAGCCGAUGCAGACAUUGGAGUAAACUCCGCCUUGACCUACAGACUAGAUCCCGAAGAUUAUUUCGCUUUGGAGGCACAAAACAAUCGUGAGCAAACGCCUUCAUUGUCGCUAGUAUUAAGGAAAGCAUUAGAUAGAGAGGAAAUUCAGGAACAUAGUUUAUUACUGACUGCCACUGAUGGAGGUAAACCUGAGCUGACAGGCACAGUUCAGCUACUGAUCACUGUUCUGGAUGUGAAUGACAAUGCCCCAGAAUUUGGUCAAUUGAUUUAUAAAGUUAGAGUGUCAGAAAACACAUUUAAUGGAACACUAGUGAUCAAACUAAAUGCCACAGAUCCUGAUGAUGGUACGAAUGGAGAUAUAGUGUACUCUUUCAGAAGACCCGUAUCGCCUCCAGUGGUAUAUGCAUUUAAUAUCAAUCCUAGCAGUGGAGAAAUUAGGACAAAAGGUGAACUGGAUUUCGAAGUAAAGAAAUUUUAUGAACUAUUCGUGGAGGCGGUUGACAAAGGAAGUAUUCCAAUGACAGGUCAUUGUACCCUUUUGGUGGAAGUACUAGAUAUAAAUGAUAAUGCACCAGAGGUAACCAUCACUUCUCUGUCUCUCCCUGUCAGAGAAGACACUCAGCCUAGCGCUGUCAUUGCCCUAAUCAGCGUGUCGGACCGUGACUCUGGAGUCAAUGGGCAGGUGACCUGCUCUCUGAAGCCAGAAGUUCCCUUCAAGCUAGUGUCCACUUUCAAGAAUUACUAUUCCCUGGUCCUUGACGGCGCCUUAGACCGAGAGACCAUAUCUGACUAUAAGGUGGUGGUGACCGCGCGGGACGGGGGCUCGCCCUCGCUGUGGGCCACGGCCAGCGUGUCCGUGGAGGUGGCCGACGUGAACGACAACGCGCCUGCGUUCGCGCAGCCCGAGUACACGGUGUUCGUGAAGGAGAACAACGCGCCGGGUUCGCACAUCUUCACGGUGUCGGCGCGGGACGUGGACGCGCAGGAGAACGCGCUGGUGUCCUACUCGCUGGUGGAGCGGCGGGUGGGCGAGCGCGCGCUGUCGAGCUACGUGUCGGUGCACGCGGAGAGCGGCAAGGUGUACGCGCUGCAGCCGCUGGACCACGAGGAGCUGGAGCUGCUGCAGUUCCAGGUGAGCGCGCGCGACGCUGGCGUGCCGCCCCUGGGCAGCAACGUGACGCUGCAGGUGUUCGUGCUGGAUGAGAACGACAAUGCGCCCGCGCUGCUGGGGCCUGCUGUGGGCGGCGCGGUGAGCGAGCUGGUGUCGCGGUCAGUGGGCGCGGGCCACGUGGUGGCGAAGGUGCGCGCGGUGGACGCGGACUCUGGCUACAACGCGUGGCUGUCUUAUGAGCUGCAGCCGGCGGCGGGUGGUGCGCGCAGCCCGUUCCGCGUGGGGCUGUACACGGGCGAGAUCAGCACGACGCGCGCCCUGGACGAGGCUGAUGCGCCGCGCCAGCGCUUGUUGGUGUUGGUGAAGGACCAUGGCGAGCCAGCGCUGAUGGCCACUGCCACCGUGCUGGUGUCUUUGGUGGACAGUGGUCAGACACCAAAGGCCUCUUCGAGGGCAUUGGUGAACGCUGCAGACCCAGAGGUAGCGCUGGUGAAUGUCAACGUGUAUCUGAUCAUCGCCAUCUGUGCGGUGUCCAGUCUGCUGGUGCUCACGUUGCUGCUGUACACCGCGCUGCGUUGCUCAGCGGCGCCCCCCGGGAGCAUGUGCGGGCCUGGGAAGCCCAUGCUGGUGUGCUCCAGCGCGGUGGGGAGCUGGUCAUACUCACAACAGAGGCGGCAGAGGGUGUGCUCUGGGGAGGUGCCACCCAAGACUGACCUCAUGGCCUUCAGCCCCAGCCUUCCUCAGGCUUCCUCAGAAGAAAUAUGUCACGGGGAAGGACAAGUAGAAUACCUGAAAGAGUCUUGGAGGCUCCAGGGACUUAAAAGAGUGCGGGAGCGAGUUCAGACCGCAGCAGAGUGGCUGGGAAUGCACCGCAGCUCUUAG